UUUGUUGAGCUCUGAUUGAGAUAUUUGAUGUGAUUUGAUUUGAAAUUUCAAUUUUUAAUACAAAUAACAUUUACAUUUUUUCAUUUUAGUUGAACAUUUACCAUACUACAUUGUGGGCUGAGUGCUUGUAACGGCUUGGAAGGCACUACAGAAAGGAAAACGCUUUACAUCUGGAAGGACCUGAACUUGAAUACUUUAUUACAUUCAAAAGCUUUGAAAACCAUGGUAUCAUAUUUUACUAUAGAUGCUACAGGUGAGAAUACAAACUUUCAAAAAGAAAUCUCGAAUAUGAUGCACGGUUUUGGCGACAAUCCUAACCCGAACGCUGCUACAGUGGUGCUAGUAGAAGACAUUGUCCUUCAGCAACUCAGAUCAAUGAUCCAAGAAGCUUUGAACUACUCAAUGCUCAAAGGCACGAAUGUAAUAUCAAAUCAUGAAAUUAUUUAUUUAAUGAGAAAGAACCCGGUUAAAUUAAAAAGACUACAAAAUUAUCAGAUAAAAAUGGAUCAUAUUGACAACACACGUAAUCCAACUGCUGCAAAUCCGUCUACUACGAGUAUAUUAACAGGAAUCGUUUUAGAAGAGGAGAAGGAGAGUAAAAAGAAGCGAACGCACAUUGAUGUAAUAAAAGAUUUGGAUGAAAUGGAUGAAGUAAGUUUAGUCAAGUUUGAUGCUAUAGAUUAUUUAAGGAAGGUUAGAGCUGCUAAGAUAACAGAGUCUAUGUCGUUUGAGAAAUAUGAGGCUUAUCACAAAGCAAGAUGCAGUUCAUUCCGUUCGGGCUAUGGUCUAAGUAAAGGAUUUGUGAAGUUAGAGAGUUGGAUUAAUCCUACAAAGGAGUUGAAAAUAACACAAUUGGCGUUAGAAGUAUUAUGUUUUCUUGCAUAUGAAACAGUUGCGGAAAUAGUUGACGCUGUAUUUUUAAUACGGCAAGACAGUAAAAAGAAAAGUGGUGAUCCCUUUAGUAAGUUUGAAGGUGGUUACUUCUGUAACCCGCAGAGUUUGAACAAUGCUGUGUACAUAAAAUCUGGAUAUGAAGGCGUACCGGCCAUUACUGUGGCUGAAGUUAGAGAAGUGUUGCGAAGAUAUUUUACACCUACUACAGGAAUCAAUGGCCUGUUUCAUAGAAAUAUGAGCAAUGAUUUGCCUGUUAGAUUUAUUGCUAUAUAAAUUUGUGACCAAGUUUUUUUUAUAUUGGAGCUAUAAAAAUAUUAAAUAAUGUCAUUACAGUAUUUAAUAGUUAAGAUCCAUACUUGUAAUCCAUUGAUCUUAAGUAUAAUUUGAAUGAAAUUGUAAUUUCUACAUGAAAAUUCAUCAAAUAAUUUUUUUUUAAGUAAAAAAUUACUGAAACUUACCUGUACUGUUUGCUGGAUGCAGAUGGCUCAGAAUCGUG